CAGUCGAGACGAUGACGUCAGCCUCCCUCGGACGCGGACGACCUCCUCGGACGCUGCUUGCUUCCGAUGGCCUCCUCCACCAGUUCGAAUCCUACGCGCGACGUCAGGGCUCUCGACCGCCACCCGCCAGUUCUGGUGAUACGAUGCCAACCUCACCGUCCUUGCGGACACCGACUUGGGGGACGCGGUACGUCCAUCCAUCCACCUUCUCGGGUCACUCACGAUGCCCCUGCUUCAUCACAGGUUGGGUGAACGUCGACGAGACUCCUCUCGAGCUACGGUAGUGCACCACAUCCUCAGACGUGCCGCUCUGGAGCCCCGUCCAACACUGUGUCGGAGACGGUACGCUCCUGCCCCUGUUCUCUUACCGUGUUCAGCGUAUGACCACCGGCUGACCGCUUUGAAGGUCAUCAGUCGUUUUUGCCAGAUCGAUCUCUACUUCAAGGACAUCUGGGAGGCGUUUACGAGCCGAAAGACGCUCUGCUUUAACGUCUCGGCCCGGGGCGCACUCGACAAAUUUCUGUGGUGCUUGAAGCCUGCGCAGGUCAGUGCGUGCUCGCAUCUGCUGUUCAAGCUCCAGACGCGUACGCCGUCGCCUGUGCUACUCGUCAGACCACAAAUUGCUACGAAACCAAGGUUUGCUACGCGUUGCACGUCGGCACAGACCAUAUCACCACCCAUGUCGUGUUCCAACAUCACAGCUUCGAAUGGUCUUCCCAGCCCGACGAUGACGGUCCCUCGGACGCGGGUCUGCUCCCCAAGGACGAAGCACCUCCACCAGGGCACCGACAUAGACCUGUCCAUUCCCGAUCUGCUGCGAGUGCACGCCGCGCUCGCAGGCGUUGUGAACCAGUGCGGCUCUAUUUCUGUGUUCAACCUCUUUCUUCGUUUGCUACCCAAGGUAACGGCAACGCCCUCGCUUUUUGGAAGUACAUCUGGAUGAGUUGUGUAGUCGAUGCAGUACUUCAUAUGUUGAUGGACAACUAGGCACAUUCCGUGUACCCACUCUUACCGUAUCAAAUUAUAUUCAAUACGGCAGUCUCCGCGUAAGUCCC